GCCGCGCUGGGCCCCGCUCGGGCCGCCGCAGCCAUGACCACGGAGGACGAGAUCAUCCGCAUUGCCAAGAAGAUGGACAAGAUGGUGCAGAAGAAGAACGCGGCUGGAGCUCUUGAUUUAUUGAAGGAGCUUAAGAAUAUUCCCAUGACUCUUGAGUUGUUACAGUCUACCAGAAUUGGAAUGUCAGUGAAUGCGAUACGCAAGCAAAGCACAGAUGAAGAAGUUACAUCUUUAGCAAAGUCUCUUAUCAAGUCUUGGAAGAAACUGUUAGAUGGACCUUCAACUGAUAAAGAUUCUGAAGAAAAGAAAAAGGAGCCUGCAUCUUCCUCACAAAACAGCCCUGAAGCAAGAGAAGAAAGCAGUUCAAGUAGCAAUUCCAGCAGCAGGAAGGAGGAGGGUAGUGCUCCCUCAAAUUCUUUCAUCCCUUCUUUUCCCCGGGCUCCAAGCACUUCGGAUUCUGUACGAGUGAAAUGUAGAGAAAUGCUCUCUGCAGCUCUCAGAACAGGAGAUGAUUACAUUGCUAUUGGUGCUGAUGAGGAAGAGCUGGGUUCUCAGAUUGAAGAAGCUAUUUUUCAAGAAUUAAAAAACACUGAUAUGAAAUACAAAAAUAGGGUACGAAGUAGAAUAGCGAAUCUCAAGGAUGCAAAGAAUCCUAACCUAAGGAAAAAUGUGUUAUGUGGGAACAUUCCUCCUGACAAGUUUGCCAAAAUGACAGCAGAGGAAAUGGCAAGUGAUGAGUUGAAAGAAAUGCGCAAAAAUCUGACCAAAGAAGCUAUCAGAGAGCACCAGAUGGCUAAAACAGGAGGUACCCAAACUGAUCUGUUUACAUGUGGCAAGUGCAAAAAGAAGAACUGUACAUACACCCAGGUUCAAACUCGCAGUGCUGAUGAACCCAUGACAACGUUUGUUGUCUGUAAUGAAUGCGGAAACAGGUGGAAGUUCUGUUAGAAGAAGAAAUUGUCAAGACAUCUGGACCAGUAUGAAAGAGGAUUUUGUAAUUAGCUUUAAAAACUAGGCUAAGCAUCUAGCUUCCUGCAAAUGAGAGGUUUUUUGGGUUUUGUUUUCUCUCUUUUUUUUUUUUUUUUAAGCAGCAUACAUGCCUGAAGUUAGCCUUUGUUUUGACACAACCAUCAUUUCCUUAAAUGCUUUCCUAUAGCUUAUAGUCAGUAGGGCCAGGUUGCUCAAUUGUAUGGUGAAUGUUAAAAUAUUUUUUCAUUUUUAUAAGUAAGUUGACAUUAAACUUUUACCAAUUAAACAUUUUGGUAAUUGGCUUGGUUUUUUCUAUGUGAAUAAUGUACUGUAUUUUUUGCAGUCUGAAACAUACAUGCUCUUCCCGUAUGUAUUUUACCUCUCCACAUUUGUUCAGUUUUAAGAAUGGAUUUUUUUCUUGCUGCUGUGUUCACUAGCUUUGCAAAGGGAAAAGGUAUCUAACUUCAUCUAGUUACAUUAAACUCAGUUGUUAACUGAAUCACAAUUUAGUUAAACUUCUAGUUUGUAUGUACUGUUUCUAAAUUAGGACUGAAUUUGUGGUCAUGCGGUU